UGCAAUACUGACUCUAUGCGGUUGGUAGCUUUGCAACUCUCAGCCAAUCACGAUCGACAUAGAUGUCGCUGCAUACCGACGCGAGUCGACCCCAAGCUAGCUUGCACUGGGAACAUUUGCUUGAGCUCCAUACAUUUUCUUCUGGUUCUCUACGUCUACAGUUUGGUUGUGUACCAGUUCAAAAAUAAUUUCAAAAUUUUUGCCAUCAGGAAAAAAGUUAAAAUGACGGACAAGCCUAAACGUCCUAUGUCAGCAUAUAUGCUAUGGCUGAACAGCGCCAGAGAACAAAUUAAAGCGGAUAACCCCGGGCUUAAGGUCACUGAAAUUGCCAAAAAGGGAGGUGAAAUAUGGAGAGGGAUGAAGGACAAGAGUGUAUGGGAGGAGAAAGCCGCCAAAGCGAAAGAGCAGUAUACAAAGGACCUAGAGUCGUACAAUGCCAACGGAGGUGGUGGUGAGGGUGGUGGCAAGAAGGCACAGAAGCGAGGCAAAAAGGGCAAGAAGGCGGCAGCGCCCACUAAAUCCAAGAAGAAGAAGGAGGAGUCUGAAGAGGAAGAGGGCGACGAAGAAGAGGAGGAAGAAAGCGAAUGAUCUCCCAGCCUAUAAGACAUUUCUGUUCAUAUUGAAUAAUUUACUGGACUUAAUUUAUUACGAGUUAACGGGACUGACUUUCCAAAGCCUGUGCAGUGUUCGCAAUUUCAUUCAAUAAGUUUAUAUUCCAAAUCCAAAAAUACUAUAAUAUUUGAUUCCACUAAUUUUUCCAUCCCGAUGCAUCCAAUGAGUAAUGAAAUUGUUGAAUUUGCUAUAUACUACUUAUGUUUUUGUAGUAUAAAAAAUAGGGUUAGAUUGACCUAUUAUAAGAAAUGCAGAGUUUGGAAAGUUUCACCACAGGCUAGGGUCUAGAUUUCUAAGCCUCGAAAAAAUAAUGUUUAAGUGUUAGCGUGUAUACACCGGGGAAUUGUACAGUUAGCCUCCCUUGUUAAGUUCGCUGUGACUACUGGAUGCUCACAUUAAGAUGUACCUCAUUUCUGGUUUCAUCAAAACUUCUAUGUCUGCAGCAUUAUAAAUUUGCUGUGCAACCUGUUUGUUUGAAGCUGUGCUUUGAUUGAGUAAUUUGAGUAUGCCAUAAAUAUUAUUUACAGUGUAUGGUAACAUGACGUUGUGUGCAUUCUUUGACAUAACAGUUUUGGUCAAACUACACUAACAUGUAAAAUUAGAGACGAUUUCAUGAAAUAUUAUGGCUUAAUGUUAAUUAAACCUACCUCUUUCUCAGUGUAAAUUUCAAUGCUAAUGAUUGUACCAAACCUUAAUCUAAGCAUGGGCGUUAGCACUCGUGCAAUUUAAAUAAUUUAGGAAAUUGAAUGUAUGUUGUAUUUUUAGUUAGUUUUAUAGGUAGGUUUUCGACGUGAUUUGUCUCUCAAAUUUUACAUUUGUGUUAUUUUGUAAAUGAGAAUUAGCAUUCCUCAUGUCAAUACCGAUUUUACAUGUUCAAUAAAGUAAUUUCAUAUAAGAA